CGUUGUAGCUGGGUAACCGACUACAGCGUUAGCACACACAGCAAGACAUCAAAACUGCGAGUUUGGCGCUCAGUAAAUCCCCGAAUUUUAUCCACCGAUAGUCUCUGUAAAUUCGCCAGGAUUCCUCGUCGAAAGAUGCCGGUAGCAGAGGACACCGCGGAGAGUGAAGCGGAGGAUAUGGAGGAGGACAGGAGUACUCCUGACAGCGAAAAUGACGACGAUGAUUCCGAUAUGGACACAUCGGGUUCUGAAGACAGCUCGGAAUUUGAUGAGGAAGACUGUGAACGUAGAAGGAUAGAAUGUUUGAAUCACAUGAACGAUCUGGAACGUCAGUUCACGGACCUGAAGGAGCAGUUAUACGUGGAGAGGGUGGGGCACCUGGAUUCCAAGUUGGGCCAGGUGCAGAAGGGAGAUUCCAUGGACUACAAGAAGCUAUCGGAGUUGGAGCAAACCAUGACCAUGCGCAGCCACAUCGCUGGAGUGCUGCGAGAACUCCGACUCAACAACAUCAAGAACAAGUACGAGAGCGAGGGCAAGGCUUCUCACGAGAAUCACGAGAGUGAGAAAAUGCUCCUCAAGGAUAUGCUGAGGGCAGAGCUGGAAGAAAAAAUCAGACGGCUAGAAGAGGACAGACACAACAUUGAUUUCACCACUGAGCUCUGGAAUGAAACACAGGCCCUGAAGAGCAAAGGGAAGAAGUUUGACAUGACUAGCGAUAGAAAGAAGAAACCUGUCACUGUAGCUGGACCAUAUAUUAUAUACAAGCUGAGAGAUCAAGAAAUUCUGGAAGACUGGACAACGAUCAUGAAGGCAAGGGGUAUUAGCGCAAGGAGGAAAGAGGAAGAGCAAGGUUUGAAAUCCGAGAAGAACCCAUACAGUGCCAGAUACGAUGACGGCAAGCUGUACUAUGAAGGCAGCUUGUUCAACCGACGAGACCGUAUUAUCAUAGAAAACAAGGAUGACACGCCAGUCCUUGCCACAAUCACUGCCGUGAACACCGGAGAGGUCUGGGUGAGGCGAACGGAUGGAACUAAAUCUAAACUCUACAUUGCCAACUUGCAGAAGGGGAAGUACACAAUUCGCCACACAUGAUGGGUUCUUGAAGUGUUUCAUCGUGCGGUUUCCAACAAGCCUUUUAUUUGAAUUUGGGUAUUUAUUGCGUACUAACUUUUUAAACUCAGUAUUUAUAUGCGCCUCAAAGUUAGUCACAAUUGGUUGAGAACCUGUUACAUUGGGAUGUUUAAAUUGUUACAGGUAGAGUAGACUUUUUGCAGCUAUCCAAAAAUAAACUGACCAAAAUAUGUGAAAAAGCUAAUUUGUAUUAAAGAUAGUAAUGACUCUCAACUCCCUGUGAAAGUAUUCCUUCUGGCACGCUGUCAUUGUGAAGAAAACAACAAAAGAAGGUCAUUUCCAAAGAUGCGUCAAGUGACACAUCUAAAAUUCAUCAGGUUAGUUAUUAAGCAUCCGUCUUUACGUAUUGAGCACUUUUGUUUGCUCAAACAAACAAAAAGCACAAAUGACAAAUGGUCUACUCUACAUUUAAUUUAAUGUGGCUCCUGAGUCAAUGGAAAUCAUCUCCUUUCCUUAUUCUGUGUCACCGUAUUAUUUGAAAAUUACUUUGACAUUUCAUAUUUUUUUCUCUCAGAAAAACAGACUUUGUCUUGCAUGCACUUUUUGCAAAUAGUAGGGCUGGAAUCUGAGAAAUUUGGAGGGCAGUCUGAGCUU